CGUGUCCUCUGCUGUAAUAGGUCUACCGACGAUGAUGACUCCUGCGGCUACGCAGUCGCUUCAAGAUAAGCAGCGAGAGAACCUGCUGCGCAUGCUUGACUUUAACUCUGAAAGCGCUGGCGGCUUUGCGGAUGCAGCCCAAGACUCCGUUGAUCGAUGGGGUGACCAGUGGAAGAUCCUCAUCUACGAUCGAUUCUGCCGCGACAUCAUUUCGCCCAUUCUCAAACUGCACGAGCUGCGCAAGAAGGGCGUGACGCUGCACAUGCUGCUGGACACGGAGCGUGAUGCCAUUCCGGACGUCCCAGCUAUCUAUUUUGUCGAACCUACGCGCGAGAACUUGGAGCGUAUCGUCUCAGAUUGCUCCAAGGAGCUCUACAGCUCGGUGCAUCUCAACUUUGCCUACCCGUUGAGUCGUGAAUCGCUUGAAUAUUUAGCUCGCGCUUCGGUAGAGGCUGGUUGUACCAGUAUGAUUGCCAAGGUUUACGAUCAGUACACAAACUUCGUCUCACUGGAGCCAAGUCUAUUCUCACUAAACCUCCAGAACAGCUACCGAGCGUACAACGACCCAAAUGUGGCGGAUGUACAGAUUGAACACUCGAUGAGUGCCAUCGUCAAGGGGCUCUUCUCCGUGCUGGCCACAAGCGGAAGCGUGCCAGUGAUUCGCUGCCCGAACAAUGAUGGUCCAUCAAGAAUGGUGGCGGAGCAACUCAGCUCCACAAUUCGUGAACAUUUGAAUGUGAGGAACGGAGUCUUCACUGAGAACACCUCCAACUUUCAGCGUCCUCUGCUGAUUGUCAUGGACCGCAAUGAGGAUAUCGCUUCGAGCUUGUACCACCCAUCGACUUACCAGGCGCUAGUUGAUGAUAUUCUAUCCAUCCAGAUGAAUCGUGUCAAGGUGACUGUAAAGACCUCUGGUGGAGACGAUGGUGGUGAUGACAGUCGGUCGCUGGAUCGCACGUACGACUUGGAUGUGACGAGCGACAAAUUCUUUGAAAGACAUGCCGGCAGUCUGUUCCCGGACGCUAUUGACGCAAAUGAAGAGGAAAUGAAGCACGUCACGCGAAAAGAGGAGCAGAUUCGAGCACAGACAGGUGGUAACGAUACACUGAUGAAUGGUACGAAGGAUCUCGUGGCUGCAGUCGACACUCUGCCGGCUUUAGUGGAGAAGAAGAAGAUGCUGGAAGUCCAUACGAACAUUUUCCAUGCGGCAUUUGAAGGUGUGACGAAGCGCCACAUCCCGUCGUAUUCCAUGUUGGAACAGAAGCUCAUUGACGGCUCGCAUGUUGACAAGUCGGAAGUGCUGCAGCUGCUAUUGAACGCUGAAAUGGGCACUUUGGCGGAUAAGAUGCGUUUGCUGAUGAUUUAUUUCCUGUCAACAAUGCGCUGCAGCGUCAGAGCAGCCAGAAGCGUACAUGCAGGCAUGGAAGUUUCUCCGAAAGCACUCGGCUUUCCAACGACGUGCCAGUGUCGGGGCGAGCAUGCAGUCUGA